UCCACUGGUGUGCCACUGAUGAUCAGGGCCUCAUAAUUCCUCGCCAGCUUUGUAGUGAAGUCCACGAUCAGCUCCUUAGUCUUGUUGAUGUUUAGGAGGAGGUUGUUCUCCUGGCACCAGACUGUAGUUCUAUGUAGCUACACAGUCAUGAGUGCACAGUGAGUACAGCAGGGGGCUUAAAACACAGCCCUGAGGCACUCCAGUGCUGAGUGAGAUGGAGGGGGAGACUUGUUUUCCCACCCUCACUGAUUGGGGUCUGUCUGUGAGGAAGUUGAGGAUCCACUGACACAGUGAUGAGCUGAGUCCUAGAUCUGUCAACUUGGUGAAAAGCUUAGAGGGAAUUAUUGUGUUGAAUGCUGAACUGUAGUCCACGAACAGCAUCCUAACAUAAUUCCCUCUGCCAGUGUCCAGGUGACUCAGGGAUGUGUGGAGCAGGUGAGAUAUGGCAUCGUCUGUGGAACGAUUAGUCCGGUAAGCAAACUGAAGUGAGUCGAUGGUGGCAGGAAGUGAAGAAGUGAUGUGAUCUCUCAUCAGUCUUUCAAAACACUUCAUCACAGAUGAAGUCAGUGCUACUGGACGGUAGUCAUUGUGGCAAGCGGGCUGUUGUUUCUUUGGGACAGGGACAAUGAUGGACUGUUUGAAGCACGUGAGAACCACUGCUUGGGCCGUGUCUUCACCGGUGCACUCCGUGCGCUCGCAGCCGUUUGUUGUUUUAAUUGCUGCAGCGUCGAAGCGAGCAUAAAACGCGUUCAGCUCAUCAGCCAGUUCACCAUUGGAGAAGCUGGUUGUUUAUAGUCCGUUAUUGUCCACAGUCGCUCCCACAGGCUCCUAGAGUCGCACUGUUAAAGCUGUGACUCUAGGUUUUCCCUGUAGCUCUACUUUGCCUGUCUGACCGCGCUGCGCACGUUGAAAAUGCAGCCUUGUAUUGGUCCAUAUUACUGGAGACGAGCCCUUCACUGUAGGCAGCAGUGCGUGAUCUCAGAGCGUCGCAGAAACUAAUUUUUUAAAAGAGUAUUUUAGCCUUGUUGUUUCUUACUGUAUCUGUUAUGUAUGUGGGGGCUCUGAAUCGGUAUCUUUUCCAUCUAGAAACUUGUUUUCCAAUAUUUUAAGAGGCUUGCAUUUUUUAAAGUUUCUGAGAUAAAAUAUGCAGCCUUUGUAUUUGUUAUUACAACAGUGCAUUUAUUGCAGCGCUCCCUAAACCGUUUGCAGUCUGAGAUAGGUUUCUCCUGGCUUUGGACUAAAAAAAUUGUCCUUCAGCAUUCUUAUGCAAUAAUAAUUAGGGCAGACCAGGCCUGGAUGUCACACUAGAGGGCGGAGUUGUGCAGUCUGUGCAGUCUGAAGAGGUCAGUCUGUGGAAAACAUGCCAGACUCUAUGGAGAGCCAGGAGUGACAAAAAUGAAUUACAUAUACCCUUAAACAAUUCAAAUUUUCAGUGUUCAAUUAAAAAUAUUAAUUACUUAUUUAACUAAUUAAAUGCCAGUUAAUUUUGCCAGUUAAGGUGCAAGUGAAGCACUUGGUUCACAGUUUAGUCCCAGUUCAGUUUCCUGCAGUUCACUGGUUUCUUUCUUCUGUUGCAGUUUCAAGAUAAACAAAGCAGUGAAGAUGGACGUGCUGCCCUGCAUGAUGCUCGUCUUCCUGCUGUCAGUUGGAGCCUCUCUGGCCCAGGUGGAUCUGACUCCUAUCGUAAGAAAAAUCAGAGGACAAUACAGCAUAGAUGGACAGUUCUGUCUGGCUGCAGUCCUCCCGGUAGAUCUGAACCUAAACACUCUUAACCAGGUUUUUCAGGAUGAUCCCUUUCAGGCUGUUCUGGGAAAUAUUGGGGAAAGAACCUCAGACAAUAACAAUCGUGGAGUGUAUGUAGGCCAGAGAGUGAUUGUGGCCAGACCAACAUCACCUGAAGGCGGACAAAGUGGACAACAUGCAGAAAGUCGUGUUCUGCAAACCCUGAGAGAGCGGCUGGAAACUGAGAACCUGAACACAUUCCCAAACAGCCAGGACAACUUCCUGCUCAUCUACUCUUUUGCCUCUGCAUGUGAUACAUGCACCAACCGCUACCAUUCAUCGAGCAUCAUUGAGGACCUUGAACUUAUCGCUGAAACCUACUAUUCUGUAUUUGUGUUUAAAAAAAUCUUUCAGCCCAACAAUCGGCCUCCCAUUCCUGAAAACAUUUUGGUUAAUUCCCUUCGUUCUCUUGGUGAUGCCAUCGGUGGGCUGACUAACAUCUUUCGUUGUGACCCAAAUUGUUACAGCUGCUCUGGAGGGCAAACAAACACAAUUUCACAAUAUUGUAUUGUUAACAACGCUUAGUGUUGGGUCUAACAC